CAAAGUGCGGUGUCAAUUUCUUGCAUCAGUACUUGGCUGUUUUUCCACAAGAGAGCUGCAACCAUUUCCGAAAUUUCAUCAGUUUCUUCCUUCACUCCCCACUCCCCUGAUUUCCUCCAAAAUCAUCCCUCACUCUUGGGAAGAGCCACAUUUUGUCUCCCUCCAUCAUUUUAUUCGCCGCCAUAUUUCACCAAUAUAAAACGUUCUAUAGGUCUCACCAGUGACCACAUUCUCAAGACUACUUAUAAAUUCACAUUCUUAAUUUGAUUCACAUAAUUCCUCGUAUCAGUAUCUAGAAAUUAAAGAUAAUGGUGGAAUUUGAAGAAAUUGUAGAGCCUUUGAGUCCCAUGACGGGUGAAUUAGUCGAAGAGAAUCAAGAAUUAGAUGAUGAAGAAAUCAGCUAUGAAGAUCUCAAACGUCGUAUGUGGAAGGAUCGGAUGCGGAUGCAGACGUUCAAGGACAACAAGAGAGACAUGAUCAACAGUAGUAUUUGUGCAGCUAGUUCUAGUGAAGAAUCAUCAAUUGUCGACCUCGACGACGACUCCUCACAAGCUAAGCAAGAACAAUCUCGCCGCAAGAAGAUGUCAAGAGCUCAAGAUUCUGUCCUCAAGUACAUGGUCAAGAUCAUGGAGAUUUGCAAAGGUCAAGGCUUCGUUUAUGGGAUCGUACCCGAAAAGGGGAAGCCCGUGACGGGGUCUUCGGAUAGUUUAAGGGAAUGGUGGAAGGAUAAGGUGAGGUUUGAACAAAAUGCACCUACUGCUAUUGCUAAAUUCUUGCCUAAAGUACUAAUGGAAGAAAAUGCUUUGGAUCCUAAUUCAUGCCUUGAUCUUCUUCAAGACUUGCAAGAUACUACCUUGGGUUCACUCCUUUCUUCCCUUAUGCAACAUUGCGUCCCUCCACAAAGAAGGUUCCCUUUGGAUAAAGGGUUGGCCCCACCAUGGUGGCCCACAGGGAAUGAACUUUGGUGGGGUGAUCAAGGGUUCUCACAAGAACAAGGACCACCACCUUACAAGAAGCCUCAUGACUUGAAAAAAGCAUGGAAGGUGAGUGUUUUGUCUGGUAUUAUCAAACACAUGUCUACUAAUUUGGACAAAAUGAGGAGGUUGGUGAAACAAUCAAAGAGUUUGCAAAACAAGAUGACAGCAAAAGAAACAGCUACUUGGUCCAAAGUGGUUAACCAAGAAGAAGUCCUUGCCAAGCUGGCUGAAAAAGCUCUCAAGAUUUCAGCAUCAAAAGAGGAGGAAGAAGACCAACAAAAUGUCAGGGGGAAAAAAGAUGAAUAUCUUACUAAAAUUGCAAGUCAUGCUAGCAAUUUGUUUGAUGGCAGCUCCACUGUGAGGAGAAACGAUAAAAGGAAGGGUGUGUUUGAAAGCUAUCAAAACUUAAAUUGCGCCCAAAGUGAGUUCGGGGUUGGAUUUCCCUACAAGAAUUCAAGAAUGGACAACGAGACAAGUUGUUUUUAUCGUGGAAAGUGCUCUACAGAUGACCAAAGACGUAUGGACAAGCAGGAAGACCUGUCACAUAAUCUUUCCAUCAACAACUUUUCUAGCUUGAUUGAAGUACAAUCAAUACUACACGAAGAAAUAAUGGCUGGCCAUGGCGAACAUGAUUGGAUGAACAUGGAUAUAAAAAAGAGCUUCGAAAACUACCAUAUUGCACAAAAUGCUAAUGGAUCUGGAUUAGCGUCAGGAUCAGUUGCGGAGAAUUUCGAAGAAUUUUGGGGAAGCAAUGUCCUUGAUCAACUUCAUUUUGACCCCGCCACUUAUGGAAACAUGAACACAGAUGUUACAUCACCAGAAGAAGAUGUUCUACAUUAUCAAGCUCCAGUUUCUGUUUGGGAUUUGGGAUAUGAGGAUACAUCGGGAUAAGGCUAUAGCUAAAACGGAUAAUUAGUGUUUCUUUUGCCCUUUCGAAAUGUUCGUUACGUUCCUAGAUUACUCAUUCUCUUGUUCUAGACUCAGUUUAUGGACUUAUAUAAAUAAAUAAAUAAACUACUACUGAACUUUAUCUUUUUCUUCUUUGCUCAUGUUUUCGAUCCCCUUCGAUGUUAUCAAGCUUUAUUGAUUAUUUUAGGCCUGGGUUUUCUUUGGGUUAUUUGCCUACUAGUUGAAAUUUAGGUGCAAAUAAAAGGUAGUGUAACUUGAUGGAUAAUAGGUGGAAUCCAGCUUUGUCCC